AUGAUGUUAGCUUUUUAGUAGUUUUAUACAAAAAAGACUGAUUUAGAUCCGAAAUUAUAGUUUUAAGUAAAAUUAUAAAGAGUAAGAGAUAGCUCAUUUUAAGUUAGAUAUUAAUUUGUAUGCUUAUUCAAUACAUUUUUUAUUUUGAAUGUCUAUGUAUCAAUUAUUAGUUCAAGUUCUAAAAGCUUCACAGUUUUUUAUUUGUUGGGCAUAAAAAUAAAAUAGUUAACAAUAAGCUGUGUUUUAGUGAUUGAUACAAGUUGUAUGCUUUCAUUUUCAUUACUGUUAAUUAAACUUAGUAAAUUUUAUAAUUUUUCUUUAUACUGCUAAUCUAAAUCCUUUUCUUUGUUUUAUAAAUUCAAUAAUUCUUAUCCUUAUUCUAGUUCAUAUAAUCUCAAAAGCUUUUUUACCCUCAAUUCAAAUAACUUUUAAUCUUAUUUCAUAAUUUCUUGCUAGUAUUCCUAUUCUUAACUAUAAUUUUAGCGCAAUUCUCUAUCUAGGUAUUGA